AUGGCAGAUCUUGUUAGCUACGGUAAUGCCGAACGUGACAUCGAGCAGGCAUUAAUUGCUUUGAAGAAGGGUUCUCAGCUUCUGAAAUAUGGUCGUAAGGGAAAGCCUAAGUUUUGUCCAUUUAGACUUUCUAAUGAUGAAGCAACUUUGAUCUGGAUUUCAAGUAGCGGUGAAAGAAGUUUGAAGUUAGCCUCAGUCUCAAAAAUUAUUCCUGGACAAAGAACAGCUGUCUUUCAACGAUAUCUCCGCCCUGAAAAGGACUAUUUAUCAUUUUCUCUUAUAUACAACAACGGGAAGCGGUCCCUUGAUCUGAUUUGUAAGGACAAAGUUGAGGCAGAGGUGUGGAUUGCAGGCUUAAAGGCAUUAAUAUCCUCUGGUCAAGGUGGUCGCUCCAAAAUUGAUGGAUGGAGUGAUGGAGGCCUCUACCUUGAUGAUGGCAGAGAUUUAACGUCAAACAGUGCUAGUGACAGUUCUGUUAGUAUUUCGCGAGAUAUUAGCUCUCCAGAGGUUUCUGUCAGUUUUAACCCAAACGCUUCUCCGAAGAAUUUUCGGCCUGAGAGUUCUCCGCAUUCUGAUCGGUCACAUGUAGCAUCAGAAAACACAAAUAUGCAAGUCAAAGGAUCUGGUUCAGAUGCUUUUAGAGUUAGUGUUUCCAGUGCUCCCAGCACUUCCAGUCAUGGUUCUGCACCAGAUGAUUGUGAUGCUUUAGGUGAUGUAUACAUAUGGGGUGAGGUCAUAUGUGAUAAUGCAGUCAAGGUUGGGGCUGAUAAGAAUGCCACUUAUUUGAGCACUAGAGCUGAUGUGCUUCUUCCCAGGCCCUUAGAAUCUAAUGUAGUUUUAGAUGUACAUCAUAUAGCUUGUGGAGUCAAACAUGCUGCAAUGGUCACAAGGCAGGGUGAAGUUUUUACAUGGGGUGAAGAAUCUGGUGGAAGGCUUGGCCAUGGUGUUGGGAAAGAUGUUAUUCAACCUCGCCUGGUUGAAUCUUUGGCAGUGACCACUGUUGACUUUGUAGCAUGUGGAGAAUUCCAUUCUUGUGCCGUUACAAUGGCUGGAGAAAUCUAUACAUGGGGAGAUGGGACACACAAUGCUGGUCUGCUUGGUCAUGGCACUGACGUCAGUCACUGGAUACCCAAAAGAAUCUCUGGUCCUCUUGAGGGUCUUCAAGUUGCCUCUGUAACAUGCGGUCCAUGGCAUACAGCCUUGGUGACAUCAACAGGGCAGCUUUUUACGUUUGGUGAUGGAACAUUUGGUGUCUUGGGCCAUGGAAACAGAGAAAAUGUUGCAUAUCCAAGAGAAGUAGAAUCACUUGCUGGGUUGAGGACAAUUGCUGUUGCUUGUGGAGUGUGGCAUACUGCUGCUGUGGUGGAGGUUAUUGUCACUCAGUCAAGUUCCAGUGUUUCAUGUGGAAAAUUGUUUACCUGGGGUGAUGGAGACAAAAAUCGUCUUGGACAUGGCGACAAAGAACCUCGGCUUAAACCCACAUGCGUGCCAGCAUUAAUUGAUUACAAUUUUCACAAAAUUGCUUGUGGACAUAGUUUAACUGUUGGCUUGACCACAUCGGGACAUGUAUUCACAAUGGGCAGCACUGUUUAUGGUCAACUUGGGAAUCCUUAUGCCGACGGGAAGGUACCUUGCUUGGUAGAAGAUAAAGUUUCUGGAGAAUCUGUUGAAGAAAUUGCUUGUGGUGCGUAUCAUGUAGCAGUUUUGACCUCCAGAAACGAGGUUUAUACCUGGGGAAAGGGUGCCAAUGGCAGGUUGGGCCAUGGAGAUGGUGAAGAUCGAAAAACACCUACUCUUGUUGAAGCUUUGAAGGAUAGACAUGUGAAAUAUAUUGCAUGCGGUGCAAACUAUUCUGCUGCUAUAUGCCUCCAUAAAUGGGUAUCUGGAUCAGAACAGUCUCAGUGUUCGUCCUGCAGACAGGCUUUUGGAUUUACUCGUAAAAGGCAUAACUGCUACAAUUGUGGACUUGUUCACUGCCAUUCAUGCAGUUCCAGAAAAGCAACGAGAGCAGCCUUAGCUCCUAAUCCCAGCAAACCAUAUCGCGUCUGCGAUUCCUGUCUCACCAAACUAAAUAAGGUUUCAGAAGCUAGUAACACUAACAGGAGAAAUGCUGGACCUCGCCUUUCAGGUGAAAACAAGGACAGGUUGGACAAGGCUGAUUUAAGGUUGUCGAAGUCAACACUGCCUUCAAAUCUGGAUUUGAUUAAGCAAUUAGAUAGCAAAGCAGCCAAACAAGGAAAAAAAGCUGAUGCAUUUUCUCUUGUUCGAUCUUCUCAAGCACCUUCUAUGUUACAGCUGAAAGAUGUUGUUUUCUCCAGCGCUAUUGAUCUGCGACCCAAGGUUCCCAAACCUGUUCUUACGCCAUCUGGAGUAAGUUCCAGGUCUGUGUCACCUUUUUCAAGGAGACCUAGUCCCCCACGUUCUGCAACACCUGUUCCAACGACAUCAGGGCUUUCCUUUUCCAAAAGCAUAGCUGAUAGUUUGAAGAAAACAAAUGAGCUUUUGAAUCAAGAAGUGCUUAAGUUGCGUACACAGGUUGAGAGCCUGAAACAGAGGUGUGAAUUCCAAGAAUUAGAGCUUCAGAAAUCCGGGAAGAAGGUACAAGAAGCUAUGGCAGUAGCUGCCGAAGAAUCGGCUAAGUCCAAAGCUGCAAAAGAUGUUAUAAAGUCACUUACUGCACAGCUCAAGGAUAUGGCAGAGAGGCUGCCACCUGGGGUCUAUGACACUGAGAGCAUGAGACCGGCUUACCUACCAAAUGGUUUGGAGACAAAUGGCAUUCAUUAUCCUGAUGCAAAUGGAGAACGGCAUUCAAGAUCUGAGUCUAUAAGUGGAACUUCUUUGGCUUCCCCGACAGUAAUCGAUUCCACUUCAAUAAAUGGAACUCUAGGUUUCGCUCAAUCAUUCCGGGAUUCACCUGGAACCAAUGGGAGGGAUGACCAUCCGGAUGCUAGAUUGUCCAAUGGUGGGGGAGGGGUUCAGCCAAGGGGUAAUAGUCUGUCAGAGGCUGUUGAUGGGAAGGAACCUCGGUCUCCCCGAGAUGGCGAGAAUGGUAUGAAAUCUAGGGAUUCAGUAGCUAAUGGUAAUCAAGUUGAGGCUGAGUGGAUUGAACAGUAUGAGCCUGGAGUGUAUAUUACUCUUGUUGCCCUGCGUGACGGUACUAGAGAUCUCAAAAGAGUGCGCUUCAGUCGGAGAAGAUUUGGGGAGCACCAAGCAGAAACUUGGUGGUCAGAGAAUCGUGAAAAAGUGUACGAGAGGUACAAUGUUAGAGGUUCUGACAAAUCAUCAGUUACUGGCCAGGCAGCACGCAGAUCAGAGGGAGGCAUGUCCUCUGCUUCUCUACCUUAG